AUGGAUGCGCAGAAUGCCGCCGAGGCCGACCACGCGCGGCCCUCGGCCGCUUCCCCUCAACGGCGCCGGGGCUCCCAAGUCGACUCCAAAAACGCGUCCUCGCUAGGCUCAAAGACUAGUAAUAAUGCGCCCGUGGAACCCAAGUCGAAACCCGCCAUUGCUCCCGCAGCGGUCGCUCGAGCCGACGAUAGCGCUGAUGAUCGCGACUCCGACGCUGAAACGAUUGUGCUUCCCGGCAAGGAUGGACACUCACCAUCCAAAGUCCGCAAGGUGAGGCAGGAAGAUAAGAGCGACAGCGACGGUGAUGCCUCCAAACCAAAAACCUCCCACAAGACCCUUAAGCCUGAUUUCCCCACCAUCAAUGCUCGAGCUGGUGACCCUCCUAAGAAGAAGCGCCUCUCCAUCUCUGCGGGCUCGAGGCUAGUUGACAAGGAAAGCCAUUCUCGCAGCAAAGACCGUGGUGGAUCUAGCGGACUGAGCUCUGCUCCAAACUCGCCAACUCAGACACACCGACGUCUGCCGCACCGCCGGCAACGGUCUCGCUCCGACGCAGCCCACCUCACCGAAACUGACUCUGAUGAAUACACCAACAAGCCACCCAAGCCCUCUUUCAAAGACAAGAAUAGAUCCGGCGACAGACUGACAUCUCAAAAACGCAAGGCUCCCAAGGUCGAAUCCGACGAUGAGGCUGAUGGGCGCAAGGCUAGACGCCAGCGCACCACAUCCGUCAGCGUCGACGUAGGCCGCAACUCCCGAGAUGCCAGAGUCUCUUCAAGAUCCCAACGUGAUGCGAGAUCACGGUCACGCUCUCUACCUCCACGACAUCACCGUCGAAGUACCUCGACCCAACUACCGCCCCCCAAUGGCCUCAGUCAAAAGAAGAAGCGGUUGCCACCCCCACUAUUGUCUACGGAAUACCACUCCGAUGACUCUUCUGCCAGUGGAAGCCCUCACCCCCGCAACACCAAACUAAGGAGUCUCGCCACGCCGGCCAAUUCAGAAUCUCACAUGUCUCCUGCCAAAGUUGGAUCGCAUAAAAAGCACUUGGAUGCUCAUGGUCAGACGCUAUUAGCCCGCGCUUGUGCAAAAGGGGAAUACGAUGGUGUGAAGCAGCGCCUGAUGGAGCGGCCGGAAGACAUUAACGUUGCCGACUACGCAGGCAAUACUCCUCUCCAGAUUGCCGCUAUUAAUGGAUGCGAAGAUAUCGUCAGACUUUUGAUGCAGGCAGGAUGUAACGUGGAUUGUGUAAAUUAUGACAAAGAUACACCGUUACUCGAUGCUGUGGACAAUGGCCAUCUGGGCGUCGUCAAGCUUCUUCUAGAUGCUGGCGUCAACCCACGUAAAGCCAAUCUGAGUGGAGAGGAGCCGAUCGACCGAGUGACAGAGGAAACCGACCACGCAGAAGAGAUUCGAGCGCUCCUGAUCGCCGCCAAAAAGAAAGCUGGUGAUAGGAUGCGGACUUCCGAAGACCGCCAUUCUAACCACGACUUUGAAGCUCGGGAUUCGCAUGCGCCGGAUAGCCCACGCCGAUCUCCAGCUGCACCAAGCGGAAGACGAAGCACGACUGGACGAGCUACAAAAACUCGAAAUGAUUUGCUCUAUAUGCCUCUGGACGACAAAACGCUUCGACAGGCUGCCGGACGCGGUGACGAGGAGACCGUCGCCCGCAUUCUUCAAGUAAAGGAGGGAUUCGAUGAUCCCGAGUCCAUGGUGGCUGCUGCCCGCGGUGGCCAUGACCUUGUUAUCCAGCUGUUACUCGGCUUGGGUGGUGCCAAUGCUGACCCUGGUCCCGUUCCUAGUCUUGCAGCCGAAUUCGCAACACCUAUACUUGCCGCAAUUGGCCAAGAAAACAUCAAAGUAGUUCAGCUGUUGUUAGAGCAGCAAGGCUUUGACCCGACAAGGAGAUUCAAGGGUGAGACCUACUACGAAAUUGCUCGACGACGCCAAGGACCGAAUUGGAAGGAAGAAGAGGAUAUACUCCGAGCUACAUACGACGAAUACAAGCGUACGCACAAAGAUGGUGCUCCCACCAAAUCUCCCGGCCGAAAAGAGCGCGAACGCGAAGAGAAGCGUGCUAAGCGAGACGAAGCACGCACGGAUGUGAAGCGCGACCGCAAAACCUUGCAGAGCCCAUCCCGUGAAAGUGAGCUAAAGCGCAAAACUGGCCCCAAAUUAGAUGGCCAAGGAAGCAAGGGGCGAUCCGAGUCUUUUUCAACUCACGGUGAUGACGAAACCCCCAAGCGCGGUCCUGGUCGGCCUCGCAAAGAAGAGAAGCCAUCCGUGCAAGGGGCUGAUCCCGAAGCUUCGCCAACAACCCACCAUAAGUCCAGCAAGACAAAACGUGCAGAGUCAGAAGCCGCGGCCGCAUCAUCUGAUGGUGAAAAUGUCAAACCGCGUCGCAAGCUUGUUUCCAAAGGUGAACUACGAGGCGAGAGAGAAAAGAAAGGCCGAGUCUCAUCAGGCAAGGAGCCGACAAGCCCCAAAGCCUCCCGCAAUGACGAAUCUGCAGAGAAGCAAAAAGUGUCCGAGAAGUACCACGACAGAACCAAAGCGCUAAAGGGUGAGCCUUCUCGGGAAAGUGACUCGACAGCUAAAAGGCAUCGCAAGAGCACAACACCUGAUCGCUCUGCAGAUACAGACAAGGAUGAGACAAACGUUAAUAAGCGCAGACGCUUGGAGAGUGAUGCAUCGGAGAAAAAGAGCAAGCGCGCAGCUCUGGAGGACAAGACCAAAAAGACGAAUGUAAGGGGUAGCAGCGAUGAAGAACUUGUCAACGAGAAAAAAUCAAAAGAGUCGAAGCGACGGAAUUCAGAUCGCUCGGUUUCUUCCGACAAGAUUCAGAUAAAAUCUGAGGAUGUUGACGUCGCCAUGACAGAAGCCCCAUUCAAAGAAUCCAGCGCUGAAAAGAUGGUUGAGGCUGAAGCUGCUAGGAAGAAAGAGGAGGAGGAGGUGGCUAAAAAGGAGAUGAAGCGACUGGAGGAGGAGGAGGCGGCCAAAAAGGAGAUGAAGCGACUGGAGGAGGAGGAGGCGGCCAAAAAGGAGAUGAAGCGAUUGGAGGAGGAGGAGGCGGCCAAAAAGGAGAUGAAGCGACUAGAGGAGGAGGAAGUUUCUCGCCGCGAAGAGGAGGAGAGGAAGAAGGCAAAGGAAGAAGAGCGCCUGCGCCGCGAAGCUGAAGCGGCACGAUUACGCGAAGAAGAAGAGAAGAAGAAGAAAGAAGAGGAGGAGAGAAAACAGCGGGAAGAAGCGGAACGUCUGCAUCGUGAGCAGCUCGAACGUGACGCCGAAGAAGCAAAACGACAACAGGAAGAAGAGGAACGCAAAGAACGUGAACGACGCCACCGCGAGGAGCUGGAGCGUAAACGUGCUGCUCGCGAAGCCGAGGCUAGAAAGCUGCGGGAAGAAGAAGAACGCGCUCGCUUGGAUAAGUUGCCACCAUUAUUACGAUGGCUUCAGAUAUGUCCCAAUCCAAAGCAAUCUAGCUUGGCGGAAAAGUUCCGUUUUAUGUCUGGUGUGCGUUUUGACACUAUCCGCCCAGCGGCCACGGGCACAGACGAAGGUCGCGAACAAUGGGUACUCAACACACAUGUUGCUUUGCUUCUUGGCGAAAAGGACCUCGGCCUCUCGCGUUAUACAGCUUGGGAGCACAUUCCCGUCUCCAGUUUGGCGAAGAUGACCCUUUGGCGAACCGAGUGGGAGCUCUAUUCCUUGCUGUCUGAGAAAUGCUGGGACCUUGGUCAACAGUUACCAGAUUACUACGAUGGUGAGGACCCCGCUACGGUGAGCUUCGAAACCAAACAGAAACUGAAGCAAGCCGCAUGGGAGCGGUUUUCUACCACAGACAUGUUCUUUGUCAAGCUGUCCGAGCUGCUGUACACGGUCUCCAACAUUUCUCACCUACGCAACGUUACACUUGCUGUCGAGUAUCGUGAACUUCUCGAGAGCGAAGCUCAAGCUGUGGGGUGGAAAGCGCCGCAGAAAUGGAAACAAGAUCCUGGAGUCGACCGUUUCCAUGGCUUUGCGCCCCGGCACAAAUACUACGUUAGUGGCAACUUUGUACGUGAGGAUACCCCAACAAAACAUUUGGUCAGCAGUACACCUUUCCCAGAAAGACGAGUACCACGCCGCGGCCUGGUUCAAGUAUUUCCGGACGACCCCGAGUACGAAAAGCUUUGCUUGGAGCAAGGCCUGGGGCAUCUCGUCAGAGGACAAUCCAGCCCAAUUUUGCCAAAUGGCGUACAUGCCUCUGCAAUGGAGCCUAAGCUUCUCAAUGGUACCAACGGCCAUGGACACAGCCACGUCGAGGCUUCCGGUGUUGCUAUUAAUGGUGAUUCUCACUAA